UUCUCUUGCCAGAGGCGGUACCAGAGCCCGGAGGGGCUCGGAGUUGCGGAAGUUUUAUGAGGAGGGUCGAACGGCUGGUGGAGUGCUGUGUUGUUUCGCGUUUUUCAUUACGGAGGUGGUGGUUUGAGAUCUGAAAGACAAUAGUUUCCCGAUUUUGCGACAGCAACCCUGGGAGCGACUCGACGUUGCUGCUGUUGGCUCUUCUCGCCCCUCGUUCGUCCCCAGGGAACCGUCUCGGAUUUCCACCAUGGCAUCCACUGGGUCCAACCUCCAGAAAGCAAUAGAUCUUGCUAACAAAGCAGCACAAGAAGACAAAGCUGGGAAUUAUGAGGAAGCCCUUCAACUCUACCAACAUGCUGUACAGUAUUUUCUUCAUGUAGUUAAAUAUGAAGCACAGGGUGAUAAAGCCAAGCAAAGUAUCAGAGUAAAGUGUACAGAAUAUCUUGAUAGAGCAGAAAAACUAAAGGAAUAUCUGAAGAAAAGAGAGAAAACUCCACAAAAGCCAGUGAAAGAGGGACAGCCAAGUCCAGCUGAUGAAAAGGGGAAUGACAGUGAUGGGGAAGGAGAAUCUGAUGAUCCUGAAAAAAAGAAACUACAGAAUCAACUUCAAGGUGCCAUUGUUAUCGAGCGACCAAACGUGAAAUGGAGUGAUGUUGCCGGUCUCGAAGGAGCCAAAGAAGCUCUUAAAGAGGCUGUGAUUUUGCCCAUUAAAUUUCCCCAUCUUUUUACAGGCAAGAGGACACCUUGGAGAGGAAUUCUAUUGUUUGGGCCACCUGGAACAGGAAAAUCCUAUUUAGCCAAAGCUGUAGCAACAGAAGCGAACAACUCAACGUUUUUUUCAAUAUCCUCCUCUGACCUUGUUUCUAAGUGGCUCGGUGAAAGUGAGAAACUUGUUAAGAAUUUAUUUCAGCUUGCCAGGGAAAACAAGCCUUCCAUUAUCUUCAUUGAUGAAAUUGAUUCUCUGUGUGGUUCAAGAAGUGAAAAUGAAAGUGAAGCUGCGCGCAGAAUUAAAACAGAGUUUCUUGUGCAAAUGCAAGGGGUUGGUGUGGACAAUGAUGGAAUUCUGGUUCUGGGUGCUACAAACAUACCCUGGGUUCUGGAUUCUGCCAUUAGGCGGAGAUUUGAGAAGCGAAUCUACAUUCCUUUGCCUGAAGCCCAUGCCCGAGCAGCAAUGUUUAAACUACACUUGGGAACCACUCAGAACAGUUUGACAGACACAGACUUCAGAGAACUUGGGAAGAAAACUCAUGGUUAUUCAGGAGCAGAUAUAAGUAUCAUUGUUCGUGAUGCACUUAUGCAGCCUGUUAGAAAAGUACAAUCGGCUACUCACUUCAAAAGGGUUCGUGGACCUUCCCGAGCUGACCCCAGCAACAUUGUGGAUGAUCUGCUGACACCCUGCUCUCCAGGGGAAGUUGGUGCCAUUGAAAUGACAUGGAUGGAUGUCCCUGGAGAUAAACUUUUGGAACCAGUUGUUUCCAUGUCGGAUAUGUUGCGGUCACUGUCUAGCACAAAACCCACAGUCAAUGAACACGACUUACUGAAAUUAAAGAAGUUUACAGAAGAUUUUGGCCAAGAAGGCUAAACCAAAGACAACAGGAAAGGUGUUUGUAUUCCUUUCACAGAUAUUUAUGCCUUUCUUGGAUGGCAUUCAGAUUAUUUCCAGUAAAACUCUUAUCACACAGAGAAAAAUACAUCUGUUUCCAGAGUUUCUUUAAGUUUCAUACUAUACUUUGCCUCUAUCACAAUACUUGUUUGCUGCUGAUAACAAAAAUUGUAAAAUAAUGGGUUAUAACGAAAUGGGCAGAAUGUGAAUGGCAUAAAAAAUAGAAAUUACCCAGUGAAAAGAGUAUUAGACAUUGACCUACAAAUACUUAAAGAGUUUUUAUGACUGGUGGUCUUUGCAGUCUUUUAUCUUUUUUUCCCAAAAUGAAAUAGGGCUUUAUAUUUUAAAAUAACUAUAGACAUUCUUAAUGUGAAAUUUAUUUUGUUUAUUAAAAAGUUUAAAAUGAUAGAAUCUUUAUCUCAGGGAUGGGCAAUAAAACAAAGAGCACUGCUGUGAUUGGUUUGAAUUAUGUUAUAGCCAGUGCUUUUACUGAUUUUUAAUAAGUUGACUUUUUUUUCCUAUGUAACAGUUUCUUUAAAGGCAGCAAGCUUUCAUACUUAACUGAAUGAAUUUUCCACUGUGCAGUCUCAAGAAAGACUUUCUAUAUUAGGAAUUGUCUUUACCUUGAAAUAGAAAAUUAUCUAUUUCAAUGUCUUUUUGUAAAGAUUGACCAAAACAGGUGAUGCAUAAGUAUGAAUUUUUAAAGUAACUAUCAUGAAAUACUGUAAUGGGAACCUUUGCUAAUAAGAAAAUGGCCUCCCUUUGGAUAAUGGGACGUUCCCUGUGUGUUGAGGGGGUAUGUGUGUACAUAUAUAUACAUAUAUAUAUAUAUAUAUAUAAAUUUGUUUUUAAUAGAGGAUAGCAAAGGUCUUGACUUUCUCCUUUUAAGUUCAGGGAAUUUUGUCCUGGUCACAUAUAUGUGAUAAAUGUAAUACUUUAUGAAGCUUUAGAAAUCAACUGAUGUCUCAUUAAAUAAUAAAAUAUAAACAUGAAUUGUUAUUUUAACUUCUUCAAAUAAAUAAUCUGAGAAUGUGUGUUACACAUUUGAGCAUCAACACUAAAUUGUGCCUUGUCCAUUUGCAUUGGCUAAACAUGCAAAAGAUUAAGUUAUCUAGAAUGAGGUGAAAUCCUUGAUUACUAGAAAAUUCUACCUUACCAGAUAUAUCCAGUAACUCACAUUUUAAAGUAUAUUUGCACAUUUUACAUAUUAUGCUGUAUGAUUGCCUUUGGAUUUUCUGUACAGAUUGUUUUGUUGAUAAUAAAUGAAAAUCACCGGCUUGAAAUAUAUGUGAAGUAAAUUGGUGUAACCUAC